UCCCUCCUCUCCCCUCCCCCAUCCUCACCCCGCUCUCCCGGAGGUCCAGGUCCGGGAGGUGACAGUGGAUCACGGGAAGCCAAGGAGAGAGUACUUGGGCCUUCAAAGGCCUGCUCACACCGCACUACUCACCGUGUGAGGCCGAGAGCGCCGAGUGCAGAGAGCAUAGACAAUGCUGACGGGAGUAACAAGGCUUUCCUCCAGGGUGCAAAAGUUGGACCCAAGGUGUUUUUUGCAUGGGAGUGCCCAGGCAGCUCAGAGCAAUCCAGUUCCAGCUGAGCAUCCGAGAUUUAUUUCCCGCACCAGUGACAAUGACCCAGCUAAGCAUGGGGAGCAACAUGAGGGCAAGUACUACAGCAUCCCCCUGCAGGAUCUGAAGACAGUAUUUCCUCAUGGCCUGCCUCCUCGAUACAUGAUGCAGGUGAAGACUUUCGGCGAAGCCUGUCUGAUGGUAAGGAAGCCAGCUCUGGAGCUUCUGGGCUACCUGAAAAAUACCAAUUUUUCUCACCCAGCUGUGCGCUAUCUUCUCUAUGGGGAGAAGGGAACGGGAAAAACUCUCAGUCUUUGCCAUGCUGUUCAUUUCUGUGCAAAACAUGACUGGCUGAUUCUGCAUAUCCCAGAUGCUCAUCUUUGGGUGAAAAACUGCCAGGAGCUUCUGCAGUCCACCUACAACAAACAGCGCUUUGAUCAGCCCCUGGAGGCUUCUACCUGGCUGAAGAACUUCAAAACUACAAACAAGCGCUUCCUGAGCCAGAUAAAAGUUGAAGAGAAAUACGUUUGGAAUAAGAGAGAGAGCACUGAGAAGGGAAGCCCUCUGGGAGAGGUUGUUGAACAGGGUAUCACACGAGUGAGGAAUGCCACAGACGCUGUCGGGAUCGUGCUGAAGGAGCUGAGGACCCAGAGUUCCUCAGGGCUCUUCCGCCUCCUGGUAGCAGUGGAUGGGAUCAAUGCCCUCUGGGGAAGGAGCACGCUGAAAAGAGAAGACAGGACCCUGAUUGCCCCAGAGGAACUAGCCCUUGUUCACAGCCUUAGAAAAAUGGUGAAAAAUAAUUGGCAUGGAGGUGCAAUUGUGUUGAGUUUGAGCCAAACCGGGUCUCUCUUUAAGUCGUCAACAGCAUAUUUGCCGCACGAGCUUCUGGGAAAGGAAGGAUUUGAUGCCCUAGAUCCUUUUCUUCCCAUCCUCAUUUCCAACUAUACUCCAAAGGAAUUUGAAAGUUCUUUUCAGUACUAUUUAGAGAAUAACUGGCUUCAGCAUGAGAAAGCUGCAACAGAAGAAGGGAGGAAGGAGCUGAAGUUCCUGAGUAAUUGCAACCCGGGACAGCUGGAGCGGCUCUGUGCCUCCCUGUAAGCACCAGCACAGCGCAGCACAGCGCAGCACACCUGGAAGAUUAAUCUCCUUCCAGCUACUUCACAUGAGGAAGUCCCUAGGGGGAACAGCCUGAUCUGCAGUGACGGGACAUACGGCAAUAGGAUGUCCUUUGUUCCUACAGCUAAUACCAGUUUCUUGUGGUGGUGGUGGUGUUCACAUUAAAGAUAGAUCUAUUUCUGA